CCGGAACAGUCAGCAGAUAUGCCCCAGGAAGUGGAAAGAACAGAUGAAGAGACUACUAUUCUAAGCACAUUUGCUGCAGUGACCACAGAAAUGUUAAUUACAAAUACGAGUUCUACCCACAUGGAUGAGGAUGAAAAUCAGUUAGAGUUUAUACUAAUGGUGUUGAUCCCGAUCAUGUUAUUGGCCCUCCUAUUUUUAUUAGUGAUAAUCCUUGUAACAUACUAUAAAAGAAAAAGAACUAAACAAGAGCCUUCUAGCCAAGGAUCUCAGAGUGCCCUACAAACAUAUGAACUUGGAAGUGAAAACGUGAAAGUCCCUAUUUUUGAGGAAGACACACCCUCUGUUAUGGAAAUAGAAAUGGAAGAGCUUGAUAAAUGGAUGAACAGCAUGAAUAGAAAUGCCGACUAUGAAGGUUUACCUACUUUAAAGGAAGAAAAGGAAUCAAACCACAGCCCAAGUGACAAUGAAUCCUAAAAGUGAAUGGUGCUAAUGUUUUCCAAGAGAAGCAGCCCUAGAGGGAGCCUACUGGGCCUGCCAACAGAGGAUGAAGAGGAUACAAAUUUAAUGAAUUUUAAAUCAACACAAACACCAAGAAUCUUUUGCUGUUUCUUCCAACACCCACUCUUCCUAACGAUGGCAUCACCUGUACUUGGAAGAAGGAGCCAUUGAGAAGCACUAGGAAAAGGCCUGGCAGACAUCCAUCACUGAGGGUGGAGGAGCCCUAUGAUGUAUUCACCUCUAAUCAACGGGUGUUCCCACCUCUCAGCCAACCUCUAGCUGACUGGACUCACUCUGGCCAUACUCUCUAAGUCCUUGUUACCUUUCUGCUUCAUUCCUUAGGGUUUAAAUCAGGAAGCUGUCUUAUCUAUGGUUUCCUUCUGGGUCACCUUGUUACCUAACUAGCUUUGGAUUAUUUCCUAGGAUUUAGUCAAGUCCUCUGCUAGGUCAAUUACCUUAAGCAGGAACUUUUCUCAAGGCAAGUUAUGGCAUGGAAAAGACAGCCAACAAAGCGAGUGUCUCACUGUAUACACCAUCCCAGGGGCUUGGUAAGUUCAUUUCUGCCUGCCAAGGAGACACAGUGGGAGAGUUCACAGUCCUGAGGAGAGGUGUUUUGUCACUUGUGGACACUGAGUUGCCCAGAUCCAGUCACGCUUGGGAACUUCUCGGAGAAAUGGGAAUCCUCAAUGAAAGUGCAAAUGUUUUCAUUUUCAGCUAAAAUCACCUACUUUUUCAUGUUUCCCCAAAGCUCAUUCUUGUUCUCACCACACCUCCCUUGCAUGUGAUAUGUGGGGAGGGAGUGUGUGCAGG